AGCGAGGUGUGCAAGUAUAUAGUUCGGUACGCAGAAUAGUACCUCGACAUCAGCGACAUCAGCAUUUGACAUUGGAAGAUUUCAGAAAACAAUAAUCAGUUCAUCUGACUAUAAAAGAAAUACAUAGUUCAAUAGAUUGAAUUGAUUUCUUGACGGUGGAAGAUCUAGCAGGGGAUGGAAGCAACCGAGUUAUUUAUGAAAAUAUGUGGAGAUGAAUACUAAAAUUAUUACUCAUGGUGAACCAGGGAAAUUACUAGGCGACACAAGAAGAAAUUGUCCAUAUCAGGUUCCCAAAUUGUUCAGUGACAUGGAAGAUGCUGACUACUAUAUACAGGCAGCCAAACGACUACAGAAGAAAAACAACGGAUACAAAUUAAAAAUUAUAGUUAUUCCGUGGUAUUCAUGUGUUAUGUUUGUUAUUUCAAAUAAACAUGAUAAUAGGUAA